CCCGGAAUAUCCAAGGCAAGCGCCCAGAGUAGUCCGGAACUGGAACUUCCAUGGAGCGGUGCGAGUUGCAACUCGCAAGGCACCCCCCCUCUCCCCCUCCCCGGGACAUGCUUUGUCUCUCUCGGUCACGCUCACGCGGCCACGCACGCACGCACGCGCCGAGAGACGAGACGGUGCAGGGAGAAGCAAGCGAUGGGCACCGCACCGCACCCGGAUAGAUGACGAUGAUGGACGUGGGGAGGCGUCUCCUCGACUCUCCUUCCCCCCUUCCAAAUCCCCACCUCUCUCCCGUCCCGUGGCCUGAGUCCUGACACCGCGAGGUCUCGGUUUCGGGUUUCCUUCUUCUCCUCCUCCUCCUCCUCUCCGUCUGGAUCUACCCUUCCUUCCUUCCUCCCCCACCCUCCGCCGCCCUCCUGGAUCCUCCUCCUCCCCACGCCGGCCGGUCCUGCUGGGUUCUCGCCCUCGCCUGCGCCAUGGAUGACGGCGGGGAUGUGCGGCUGGCCAGGAAGAAGGGCAAGAGGAAGAUGGCCCCGUCGUCGGCGGCGGCGACGGAGGCCGAGGGCGGCCGGGGCAGGGGCAGGGACAGGUUCCAGUCGCUAUGGCGGGACUACCACGAUUUGCUUCAGGGAACCGAGGCUAAGAAGAGGAGGCUAGAGAGCAUGAACCGGCAGAACCUUGGACUGCUCACUCAAGUCAAAUUCCUGCGGAAGAAGUACAGUGCAUUUGUGAAGGAUGAUCCGCAGCAAACACAUCACAGGCUAAAGCAUAAGAAAGCUCGGCAUAUUCCAUCUCCUCUAGGAAGUAAUUCCGCGUCGGUGUUUGCCUACCCUGGAGAGACUGGUGAAGGGACAUCCACAAGCAAGAACACAAAUUUGGACUUGAAUCAAGAUUCCGCAAUGGAUGAUGAGAGAGCUGAUUGCCAGGGUUACCAGCACCAUUCAGAUGUUGAUGAGCUUAAUCAGACAGGGGUAAAUGAAGACAUGAUGACAACAGAUGUCAACUUACUAGCCUGUAGGGAUACAGGAAACCAGCCAGUGAUGUUAAGAGGGCAAUAGCAUGGCAAGACUAGUGUCGUUAAAAUUCCUGUCCUGCCAUAGGCAUGGCUAUUUCUCAAAUGUUUUUCAGUGCCUUGUAAAGAAACAAUUGAUAAGGAUACUCAUUCUUCAUGUUACACUUCAUGCUCCAUAAACUCAGAUAGUUUGACACGCUUAGAAGACAAGUUCGAUCUGAUAAUCUUGAUGCUAUGUAAGGUCCACCCAGAUAUUGCUUUUCCUUUUUAUUGUCUAGUUUGCUUAUCUUAA